GUAGUUGGCACCAGUAGAAAGCGCCAACCUUCGCCUCGUGCCGGACUGUCUGCCAGCCUGUGUGAGGGGACAGAGAGAGAGAGAGAGAGAAAGAGAGGGACAAUGCCACUUGGGAGAAGUUAAAAGUCUGGAAUGCAACCUCUACAUCACAGCAUUGGCAUGGAAUCCCCGAUUCCCGGAAACCUGGAUUCUCUCAUAUUUACGUGUGCGGCAGGAAUCUGUUUCCGCGGACGAAAAACGCAGGAAUGUUACAGUGGCACGAAAGGCUAACAAAGGAAAACUCCAGUUCGGUGACGGAACUGGACAUACUAUCUGGUAGCAAAAGAGCGAAGUUAGCCCUACCAUGACCGGUGGAGAGGCUGGCUAAAGCAAGUUUUGACCGAACGUGGUAGCCGAUGGUUUGCGGAGUUGUUUUAUUUCUACCGCCACAAUUAAAAACCAAAUAAGCCAACAAACGCUGUCUGAUUACUGAUUACUACUGCUUUACGGUUUGACUGUAGGCGCUUUUCAAUUUCCUCCAAAAACAAAGGACGAAGGGAAACGCCCAUAUUUUAUCCAAGUCACACCAAAAGUAUUUUUCACACGUUGUAUCCUUUUGUAAGCUCAACACCACCCUCCCUUAUUCCCUUUCUCUCCCUCCUCUCCAUUGCUGGCAUAUUCAACCAGUUAUUUUGCCUCCUCGGUGCUAUUUGUAAGGUGGGGUGUUGUUGGCAAAGGCGCCCGCUGGCAAUGGCGGGGGGACUGGGCUCAGUGAAAAGAGUCAUCCUGAAAUCAUCUGGACCUCUGCCAGGGCUCCAUGGGAGAAAUACCCACAGCAGAGAGAAGCAUGCUGUCAAUGGGAACCCCACAGUGGAGCCGUUUCCAGAGGGCAUGGAGACCAUCAUGUUUGGUAUGGGCUGUUUCUGGGGGCCUGAAAAGCGCUUCUGGCAGAAAUCGGGGGUGUUCUCUACCCAGGUGGGCUAUUCAGGGGGACACACACCCAACCCCAACUACCAGGAAGUGUGCUCAGGUUUGACAGGACACGCUGAGGUGGUGAGGGUGGUCUUCUCCCCCGAGGACAUCAGUCUGGAGGAGCUACUCAAGGUGUUCUGGGAGAGCCACGACCCCACUCAAGGGAUGAAGCAGCAGGCAGACUAUGGAACCCAGUACCGUUCAGCCAUUUACGCCUCCAGUCCCUCUCAACAGGAGCUGGCUCUCAGCACCAGACAAGCCUACCAAGAGGUGUUAUCUGAGAAGGGCUAUGGAUCCAUCACCACAGAGGUUCUAGAGGGCCAGGAGUUCUUCUACGCGGAAGACUACCACCAGCAGUACCUGAAGAAGGUCCCCAAGGGCUACUGCUGUCUGAAGGGGACCGGGGUGAACUGUCCCAUCGGAGCUGAAGCAGACGAUGACAAAGAUGAGCUGUGAAAAGAGAGAGAGAGGGUAGAGAGAGAGAGAGAGAGAGAGAGGGUAGAGAGAGAGAGAGUGGAUUGAAUACAAGGUGGGUUUUUCGCAGAUCUGAGUUUGUCGCUAUCCAGGUGGAAAUCAUGCUUUAAAAUUUUCCUGCUUCAUAUAGUCUCUUUAUGGCCAAGUUAGGAGACUUGUUUGGACAAUCUUGACUUUCUAUAAACAAUCAGCAGUAGGUAUGGGUUGAAACAUGUUUCCACUCCCUAAAGUGUUUCUGAACUCGCUUAGCAUUGUGUUAAUUUGACUAAUUGGCUAAAUAAUUUCAAAAGUAUUUAGCAAUCUGUAUGAACUCUAUUGUAUACAAUGAUAAUUGUAUUUUCUCAUUUAAAUUGAAGUGUUGCAGUUUAAUAUAGGUCACUUUAUUAUUAUAUUGGUGCAUGAUACCAUGAGACCUCUUUGUAUGCGAGGCUGAAGUACUGAUAGAAAUCCACAAGAUGGCAAUAGAUACCAACAAACUUAACCUCUCAACAAAACAGCUUCAGGAUUUCAUUCCAUCCCACUCAAUGUGACAUCCUCACCCUUUAGGGCUAUCUUCCAUUAAGAGAGAGAUUAGUAACCUUUCCUUAGAAGGGAUUUGCACAUUGUGGUAGAUUUUUUUACAUGUUUGUUGGAAUCACAUCAGUUUUGUCUCCUUCCAUUGUCUCAUUGCUCAGAAACAUACACUGAGUAUAUACCAAACAUUAGGAACACAUUUCUGAUAUUUAGUUGCCUUCAGAACAUCCUCACUUAGUCAGGGCAUGGACUCUACAAUGUGUCGAAAGCAUUCCACAGGGACGCUGGCCCAUGUUGACUCCAUUGCUUUCCAAAGUUGUGUCAAGUUGGCUGGAUGUCCUUUGGGUGGUGGACCAUUCUCGAUACGCACAGGAAACUGUUGAGCAUGAAAAACCCAGCAGCAUUGCAGUUCUUGACACUUCUCCCAUACCCUGUUCAAAGGCACUUAAAUUUUUUUGUCUUGCCCAUUCACCCUCUGAAUGGCACACAUACACAAUCCAUGUCUCAAUUGUCUCAAAGGCUUAAAAAUCCUUCUUUAACCUGUCUACUCCCCUUCACCUACACAUAUUGAAGUGGAUUUAACAAGUGACAUCAAUAAGGGAUUAUAGCUUUCACCUGGUCAGUCUAUGUCGUGGAAAGAGCAGGUAUUCAUUAUGUGUUGUAUACUCUGGCUUAUGUGUGAGAGCAUCCCUGGUUUUCAACUAAACAAAAUCAAAUCAACGUUUAUUGGUCGAGUACACAGUUUAGCAGAUGUUGUAGUGGGUGCAGCGAAAUGCAUAUGUUACCGGCUCCUAACAAUACCGUAAAAUGUUUUUUUUAAAGCAUACAGGGCCUCCCGAGUGGUGCAGUGGUCUAAGACACUGCAUUGCAGUGUUAGCUGUGUCACUAGAGAACCUGGUUCGUGUUGAGGCUCUGUCGCACCCGGCCGCGACCGGGAGACCCAUGGGGCGGUGCACAAUUGGCCCAGCAUCGUCCAGGUUAGGGAAAGGUUUGAGCGGCAGCGCACUAGCGACUCCUGUGGCAGGGCGGGCGCAAUGCACGCUGACACGGUCGCCAGGUGCACGUGUUUCCUCCGACACAUUGGUGCGGCUGGCUUCCGGGUUAAGCGGGCAUUGUGUCAAGAAGCAGUGCAGCUUGGCUGGGUUGUGUUUCGGAGGAUGCACGGCUCUCGACCUUCGCCUCUCCCGAGUCCAUACGGAGGUUGCAGCGAUGGGACAAGACUGUAACUACCAAUUGGAUACCACGGAAUUGGGGAGAAAAAAGCACUAUAAAUCAAGAACAUUGGGACAAAGCCAAUUAAUAACCUAAAUAGCAUCGUAACAGUAAUCAAAAUGCAAACUAUACGCAUGUACACUGGAAGAUUUUAGACAAGAUAUGCUAUACUGAAUAAAAAUAUACAUGCAACAAUUUCAAAUAUUUUACUGAGUCACAGCUCAUAUAAGGAAAUCCGUGAAUUGAAAUAAAUUAAUUAGGCCCUAAUCUAUGGAUUUCACAUGACUGGGAAUACAGAUGCAUAUCAGAUGCAUAAUUUUUUCACGCAGGAAAAAAAGAUAAAACGCGUAAAAAAAACAUCUUGCUGCGUUUUGUAAAAACAGAUCUAAAAUGCUUCCAAUUGUAAUUUAUGCUCGUUAUCAGACUGAUUGUGUGCUUCAGUUGCACUUCUAAACUCUGAUGUGUAGCUUCUUUUAAAAUGCUAGAUUAACUUUAAGCAAAACAUUAAGGAAAUGUAGCUGGCUUUCUAUUAUAGCUCUGAACAUUAGAAAUAUGAUGGCCAUACAUAGUUAUGCAAAAAAUACCUUGCCUUUUCAUUGUAAGCUCAUUUACUUGUGUGGCUGCUAGCCAAACAACGUUGCACUUCUAUUGUCAUCUGAUGGAAAUGAAGCUAUUUUAUGUUGAAUGUGUUGCACUAAUGUAUUUUCUGUAAAGGAAAACUGUAGUUGCACGUCCCUUUUCACUCUAUUGAAGCAAAUAAAAACACAGUUGACUUUCAAUAUAAAACGUGACCGCUGUCACCUGCUCCUGCUUUCUACUGUUGUGCUAUUUGCAAACAAACACGUGACUGGCUCAACUGUGCUGGGGAACUAAGUAAGCUUCAUAAUGUAAAAUAAUGUGACGGAUAAACAUGAAGUAUGUGAUCUUUAUCUCCUAACGUAUUGCACAAGUUGACUGCAGGUAUUUACUUAAAAAAAUAGCUACAAAUAUGAAAUGUGUCAAAUGUAUUGAAAAACUUCAAAUAAAUAUUUUCAACAGUA